AUGUCUUCACCAGAGGCCCGUGCUGGAGUAAAGCGACCCCGCACCCAGUCUCUUCCACCCCCGGCUCUUCCUCAGCUAGUUGCUGAACAACACACCCCAAUCCCCCCCACCGACAAGGACACCCAGCGACUUAUCGUUGUUCUGUCUAAUGCUAGUCUUGAGACGUACAAAGCCUCUCACGGCGGUACCGGCCGCAAUGGGGUUCAGCGGGAAGAGAAAUAUUCGCUACUCAACAGCGACGAGCACAUUGGGGUCAUGCGCAAGAUGAACCGCGACAUUAGUGAUGCUCGUCCCGACAUCACUCACCAGGUUGGAUACUACCAAUACACUAUUUUGCAUUUCAAGCGCUUCAACACGCUUUCGCGUCGUUGCCUCCUUACUCUACUCGACUCGCCCAUCAACAAGGCGGGCAAGCUCCAGAUCUAUAUCCACACUGCUAAGGGUGUUUUGAUUGAGGUGUCUCCCUCGGUUCGCAUUCCGCGAACCUUUAAGCGUUUCGCAGGAUUGAUGGUUCAGUUGCUGCAUCGCUUGUCUAUCCGCUCAACCAACUCGCAGGAAAAACUCCUACGUGUCAUUCAGAAUCCUAUCACCGAUCACCUGCCCCCUAACUGCCGCAAGGUUACGCUUAGCUUCGAGGCUCCCCUUGUGAAGGUGAGAGACUACAUUGACACUUUGGGACCCAAAGAGAGCGUCUGCGUCUUUGUUGGUGCCAUGGCUAAGGGUGCCGAUACCUUCGCCGACGGCUUUGUGGACGAAAAGAUUUCCAUAAGCAAUUACAGUUUGUCUGCUAGUGUUGCUUGCAGCAAGUUUUGUCAUGCUGCCGAAGACUCCUGGGAUAUUCAGUAG